AUUAAUAAUUAUAAUUAUAAUGUUGAGUUAGAGAUAUAAUCUGUCAAUCUGAGAUAUCUUUAAUAACGGAAAAAUAUAUAUGUGAAAUAUUUUCCGUAUUGAUAUUAUUACGCAAUUUAGAAUUAUUUAUGUUAAGAUUAUAUUAUUCCGUGAAUAUAUCAUUAGCGCAUAUAUGAUUAUAUGAGAGUAUAUCUUUUACGAAGUAGUAAAAUUGUUUAGCUUAGGUUUUGCGUAUACACUAACCUCUUGAUACGUUGGACAUAAUAAUAAAGUAGGAAAGGUUUGAGAAUUCACAUGCAUCAACUCAUUCAUCCAUACUUUAAUUUGUUAGUUUGGUUGUUGUUCUUCUUCACAAGUACUCCGCUCCAAAACCCUCCUUUUUCAUCCGUUAAACUUUUGUAUAAUUAUUACUCAAAGUGAGAGUGAGAUCGAUCGAUCGAGUCACAAAAUAAAAAUCUAAAAAAAAAAAGAUUAAGAAGGAAUAAUAAUGGCGAUUAAUGGAGAAUACCCUCUUGAUCCCAAGUGUUACGAAAUCGUAGGAGAAAUAGGAAGCGGAGUUAGUGCUAUGGUUUACAAAGCAAAGUGCAUUACAAAUUCAUCCAUAGUAGCUAUCAAAUCCAUUGAUCUUGAUCAAUCUCGUUCAGAUCUCGACACGAUCCGACUCGAAACCAAAACUAUGUCCCUUUUAUCCCACCCUAACAUCCUCCGUGCCCACUGCUCCUUCUCCGUUGGCCGCCGUCUUUGGGUAGUCAUGCCCUUUAUGUCCGCUGGCUCGUUACAAUCAAUUAUUUCAUCUAACUUCGCAUCAGGUUUACCUGAGACUUGUAUUGCAAUUGUGUUAAAAGAAACUCUUAAGGCCUUGUGUUACCUUCAUGAUCAAGGUCAUGUUCAUCGAGAUGUUAAGGCUGGUAAUAUACUAGUAGGGUAUGAUGGUGUUGUUAAAUUAGCUGAUUUUGGUGUUUCUGCGCCGGUAUAUGACAUCAACUUCGACUCUAGGUUGAAGGAAAUCGCCGGGACUCCGUAUUGGAUGGCUCCUGAAGUUAUACACUCACAUAACGGUUAUGGUGUCAAGGCCGAUAUUUGGUCCUUUGGUAUAACUGCUCUCGAGUUAGCUCAUGGUAGGCCUCCGUUGUCACAUCUGCCUCCUUCGAAGUCAUUGUUGUUUAAGAUUACCAAGAGGUUUCGCUUCUCUGAUUAUGACAGCCAUUCGUCCAAUCACAAUAAGAAAUUUUCGAAGGCGUUUAAGGAUAUGGUGGGGUUGUGUCUUCACCAAGAUCCUACCAAGCGACCUACGGCGGAUAAGCUGUUAAAGCAUGUGUUCUUUAAGAAUUCUCACAAGACUUGUGAUUUUUUGGUAAAGAAUUUAUUGGUUGGAUUGCCUACUGUUGAGGAAAGGUUUAAGGCGAGUAACAAGAUGGUUAGGGUGAUGAAUUCUUUGUCGUUAGGGAGUAGUAGUACGACUACGAGUACUACUACUCCUACGACGCCUAAUACUCCUAAUGAGGGGGAUGAAACAGGGCUUUUUGAGAGGCAGAGGAGGGUUAGUGGUUGGAAUUUUAAUUUCGAAGGCUUUCAAAUGGAUCCAGUUUAUCCUGGGGCGGCUCGUCUUAGUAACAACAAUGAUACUAAUAAGGCUUCCUGCAGCAAGGACAAGGAGGAGAUGAUGUUUAAUUCAGCCCUCUCUAAGAGGGUACGUUUUCGUGCUGACUUGGUUAUACCUUGCAAGCGCCUUGACUUGGAUGUGUUCAGCUCAAGCUCGGCCUCUCCUGCUCUUAGUAUUAGUACUCCUACUGAGGAACAAGAGGCUACUCCACUCGGUCAAGUUGAGGGAGCGAGUCAUCCAAGUGAGGAGGAGGAGGAGGACGAGGAGGAAAGGGUGGAUAGGGAAAGUAUGAUGUCGGGUUUGGUGGCGUUAAGGGGGAGUUUAGAUGAGCAAAGGAAAAAUGUCAAGGAGUUAAUCACUUUCUUAGGUGGUGAUGGAAGUGGAGGAGUGGAGACAACCAAGGAAGAACAACUAAUGGAAGUGGUGGAUAGGUUGACGAGGGAGUUGGAGCAAGAGCGAAGGAAAAACAAAGAGUUGCUAGCGGAGAUGGAAUUUCUCAAGGUCAUCAUCUCUGGAGCAACAACGCCUUAGUCCCAAAAUGAUUUGAGGCCGGCUAUAACAUGCAGGAAUUAAAAUAAUUAGUAAAUUCAACUCUUCAAGCUUAGCAUCAAACAAAAGCUAGCACAUGUUUUAAUUAGAAUGACAUUUAAGCAUUUAAUUUCUCAUCAUAUUCUUGUAAUCAUUCAAUCCAAAUUUUGUUCAUACAUUUUCUUUUAUUAAAAUUCCUCCCUCGUGUAUGACUAAUCAGUUUGAAG